GCAGGCGCCAAACCGCUGCGCCACCCAGGGAUCCCCUUACUAGGUCAAUUCUAACUGCCUCUACAUUUUCUUCUAGUAUGUUCCUCCCUGCCACCCUCUGCCCCAAGAAACCUUAUCUACUGUUACCUUUGACCUCUGUUAUUACCUAUUUUCAGUUUAGGAUGCAUCCUACUUCUAUCAUGAAAUCUUUCCCAAGAUGUUUGCUGUAAUGAAGCUCUUUGAUUUUCUGUAGUACUUAGUCUGUUUCACAUCAUUUAGAGGUUAUAUGUUAACUUAUAUUAAUUUUUAAAAUGGGUCCAGUAUGGUGUAAUGGAGCCUCCUUGGGAACAUGUAUAGUAUAAUGGAGUGAGAUAGACUUCUAUUUGAAUACUAGCUCUGUCAUUUUCCAACUCUUUGGCAUUAGGCAAAUUAUUAUUUUUAAAAGAUUUUAUUUAUUUACUUACCUAUUUUAGAGAGAGAGAGAAGAGCAUGCAUGAGUGACAUGAGGGGCAGAGGGAGAGGGAGAAGGAGAAGAAGGAGAGAAUCCUAAUUAGUCUCUGUGCUGAUUAUGGAGCUUGCUGCAGGGCUCGGUCUCAUGACCCUGAGAUCAUGACCUGAGCUGAAACCAAGAGUUGGAUGUUUAACCGACUGAGCCACCCAGGCAUCAGCCCUUGGCAAAUUAUUUAAACUCUGUGGGUUUCAGUUUUCUCAUGUAUUAAGUGGAACUGACUACCUUUAGAGUUAAUAAAGAUUAUAGCUAGUAUGCUGGGUAAAUGUUUAGCACAAAGGCAGGAAUAUAACAAGUGCUCAGUAAAUGUCAGUAGUAGUUUUUAUUCCUGUUGUAUAUUUCUUACAGCUCCUAAUAUAAUAUUUGAGCAUGUGGUAAGGUCUCUGAGUAUGGUUCAGGGCUAGGUCAUUUAAAUAGCUCCUGAAAUCCUAUCACUUUUAUGAAGGCUUCCUGUUGGCUCUGUUCUGUCAGAACUACAAAACUUUCAUGGCUUCUCUAGACUGUUCUUUCUGUUUCCAUUAUCUGUAAGGGGAGCCUUUGGUAUGUAUUCUGAAGUGGCUUCCAAAGCAAUGAUUUGAAGGAUUUAUUUAUUUAUUUUUGAGUAAUGUUUUGGAUUGAUCCCUACAUUUUUCUAAACGUCAGCAGCUGGGAUUGUAAUAAAUAAAGCAUUUUUCACAUACUUCAAAUGCAGUAUGUGAAGCACAUAGAAUAAAAUCUCAGCCAGUCUGAGCUUCAGAUGAAUAAAUUAUUUUGCCUAGCUUACUUUAGUUCAACAGAUAUUUAUUAGUGUAUCUCCUAUAUGCCAGGCAUUUUAUAGUUGUUGGAUUUACAAAGAUAAGUAAGACAUGGUUCCUGCCUUUGAGUUUAGUGUAGAGUGAGCAAGAGACACAAACAGAUUAUUUCAAUUGAUGAUUAGUUGUAAGAUAAAGGUGAGGAAGGGACUCUGUGAAUAACACAUGGAGGGUGGUUGAGGGGGAAGAUGAGCCUAAGCAUGUCAUGUCUCUUAGAGGACAAAUGGGUUGAUCCGCUUGUUUCAGGGACAGAGAUCUAACUCAAAGUGGCUUCAACAUUUAUGGGAAUUUAUUGCCUACAAAGUUCCCAGGUCGAGAUUUAAUUUGUAUCCAGUCAAUGGAUGGGAUGCUGAUGGUGUUUGAGCAGGAAAGCUAUGCUUUUGGGAGAUUUCUCCCUGGUUCUCUUUUACCUGGCCCUCUUGCUUACAGUUCCCGUACAGAUUCCUUCAUUACUGUCUCUUCCUGCCAACAAGUGGAAAGUUACAAGUACCAAGUACUUGCUUUUGCAACGGAUGCAGAUAAAAGACAGGAGACUGAACAACAAAAACUUGGUUCUGGAAAAAGACUUGUUGUGGACUGGACUCUAAAUAUUGGAGAGCAAGCCCUUGAUAUAUGUAUUGUCUCUUUCAAUCAGUUAGCAUCUUCUGUUUUUGUUCUUGGUGAAAGAAACUUUUUUUGCCUUAAGGAUAAUGGACAGAUUCGAUUCAUGAAGAAACUUGAUUGUAGCCCAAGUUGUUUUCUCCCUUAUUGCUCAGUUUCUGAAGGAACAAUGAAUACUUUGAUUGGAAACCAUAAUAACAUGUUGCAUAUUUAUCAGGAUGUGACACUGAAGUGGGCCACUCAGCUUCCCCACAUUCCGGUAGCAGUAAGAGUGGGCUGUUUACAUGAUUUAAAGGGAGUGAUAGUCACUCUGAGUGAUGAUGGUCACUUGCAGUGUUCAUACCUGGGGACAGACCCUUCUUUGUUCCAAGCUCCAAAAGUUGAAUCUAGAGAACUACACUAUGAUGAACUUGAUAUAGAAUUGAAAGAACUUCAGAAAAUCAUCAAAGAUGUUAAUAAAUCACAAGGUAUUUGGCCCGUGACUGAGAGAGAAGAUGAUUUGAAAGUUUCUGCCAUGGUUUCUCCUAAUGUUGAUUCAGUGUCUCAAGCUACUGAUGUUGAAGUGGGAAUUGACCUUAUCCCUUCAGUCACAGUUAAGGUCACAUUGCAGAAUCGACUGGCAUUACAAAAAGCCAAAUUAUCAGUCUAUGUGCAACCACCUUUAGUAUUGACUUGUGACCAGUUCACCUUUGAAUUUAUGGCACCAGAGAUGAGUAGAACAGUAGCCUUUUCUGUUUAUCUGAAAGGGAGUUAUACACCACCUGAAUUGGAAGGAAAUGCUGUUGUCUCAUAUUCCAGACCAUCAGAUCGAAAUCCUGAUGGCAUUCCUCGGGUUAUCCAAUGUAAAUUUAGACUUCCUCUGAAAUUAAUCUGUCUACCAGGUCAGCCUUCAAAAACUGCAAGCCACAAACUAACUAUUGAUACCAACAAAUCUCCAGUUAGUCUUCUCAGUCUCUUUCCAGGCUUUGCCAAUCAGUCAGAAGAUGAUCAGGUGAAUAUAAUGGGUUUUCGCUUCUUAGGAGGUUCCCGAGUUACUCUUCUUGCUUCAAAAACCUCUCAACGAUAUCGCAUUCAGAGUGAACAAUUUGAAGAUCUUUGGCUCAUAACAAAUGAACUUAUUAUCCGCCUUCAAGAAUACUUUGAAAAACAGGGAAUCAAAGAUUUUGCCUGUUCUUUUUCUGGAUCUAUGCCCCUUCAAGAAUAUUUUGAGUUGAUUGAUCAUCAUUUUGAGUUGCGGAUAAAUGGUGAAAAAUUAGAAGAACUCUUAUCUGAAAGAGCAGUACAAUUUCGAGCCAUUCAACGCCGACUAUUAACAAGGUUCAAAGAUAAAACACCUGCCCCCCUCCAACACCUGGACACCUUGCUAGAUGGAACUUAUAAGCAGGUAAUCGCUCUAGCAGAUGCAGUAGAGGAAAACCAAGACAAUCUGUUCCAGUCAUUCACCAAGCUGAGAAGUGCCACCCAUCUGGUGAUUCUGCUGAUUGGGCUGUGGCAGAAGCUUAGUCCUGACCAGGUUGCUAUUCUAGAAGCAGCAUUUCUGCCACUGCAGCAGGACACUCAAGAAUUGGGCUGGGAAGAAACAGUGGAUGCCGCCAUUUCCCACCUCUUGAAGACUUGCCUAUCAAAGAGUUCAAAGGAGCAGGCUUUGAACCUUAGCAGCCAGCUGAAUAUACCCAAAGACACAAGUCGACUGAAGAAACAUAUCACCCUGCUCUGUGAUAGAUUAGCCAAAGGAGGACGUCUCUGCUUAAGUACGGAUGCAACAGCUCCGCAGAUCAUGGUCAUGCCAGGUGGCUGUACUACCAUCCCAGAAUCAGACUUAGAGGAAAGAUCAAUCGAGCAAGACUCCACUGAAUUGUUUACCAACCACAAACACCUCAAUUUAGAAACACCUCUGCCUGAAGUUUUACCCCUUCAAGGACUCUCGGAAUAGUUCAAGUAGAGUUGUCUGGAAGAGAGGAAGAUGGCCUUCCCAAGGCUGAUCCUGUGUGGGCCUCAUGCCAAGUGCAGAUGUAGGAUGGGCCCAGGUGCUUCUCCAUCUCACCUGCUUGGAAAUGAUAGACAUGGGGAUUGUUAUUUUUUAUUUUUUAUUUUUAUUUUUUUUUUUUGCUAGGAGAACUUGUAAUACCAUAGGCAGGUCAGGAAAAGAUAUUGCUGCUUUUUGGUCUUCUGUAUGUUUAUAGCCAUUGGAUAUAGUGAAAGGACAUCUUUUGGGGACAGAUUUUAUAAUGCAGAGACCUAGAUCCAAAGUAAUUUGAUACCCCUUUUUUUUUUCACAGAAAUCUUAUAUAGUAAAUGUAUCAAAUUUAAUAAAGCAUCUCAUUGUCCAACAAUA